CAUCGUAUGCCAUCGAUGGAGCCACAAUCUAAAAAUUGAAUUGAAUUGAAUAUCACGCUCAUAUCAAAACGAGUUCCCAAUGGCUUUUUUAUCACAUUUUCCACAUAAAGUAAUUGUUUCGAAACCAUAUAAAGUAAACAAAGCGUGAAAUUUACUCGGCACGUAUAAAUCAAAAACUUGGUCAAGCCAGUCCUCGUUUAAUGUUAAAAGUGAAUUAAAAUGUUCACGGAACACAGAACAAUGAUGCUUUCGGUAUUGUUGGCACUCCUUCAGGCUGUCCUGGCCAGCAUGCCAUGGGACGGUUGGUCCUGGGCCGUACCUCAGGCGCCGAUCGAGUACUUCUUCAGAAGACAUCAAGACAUGCUGGUGAAGUCGCCCGAUCUGCAAUGCCAAUGUCCGCCUAGCAAAGAAUGCGUCGUUGAAUAUAAAAUCAACGAGGACAUGCCAGAUUUUCUAAAAAUUCAAGGUGUAUUAAACGAUGACAAACUUGAAGAACUAAAGAAGUAUAUUAAGGAUGCGCAAAGAAGUACAACAGAAGCACCAAAGAUAGGAAACAUAAGAAGUAGGAGGCAGAAUGAUGACCAGGAGUGCUGUUGUCCUCCCAGAAGCAUGUUGAUGCCUACGUUUAUUACUAAUAAGAAAUUUGACGAAGUAACAGAUCGGCUGAAGAAAAAACUGCUUUCGGAUAAAUAAAUAUUUUUUAUUCGUAUAAUAUUUUUACUACCUGAGGGAAUAAUUUUGCUGCCCUUGGUAGCGUAGUUGCAUCGUGGUUCGUACAACCAGCACUGUGAGGUCUUGGGUUCGAAUC